AUGCUUUUUGGGCCUUUUGGAGGUGAUGGUGGAGAUCCUUGGGAUGAUGGAAGAUACAUUGACAUAAAGAGGAUUGUUGUUCGUUACUCAGACUUCAUUUAUUCCAUCGAUUUUGAUUAUGUCAACAUGGAUGGUUCUAUUCGAUCCACGACGCAUGGUCAAAAUCUUGGGGGACACAUCUAUGAGGUUGAAUUGGGUUACCCAGAUGAGUUUGUAACCUCAUUUUCAGGUUUCUUCACCGGCAUUAUCAACUCGCUCACAUUUCGAACCAACAAAAGAAUAUGGGGACCCAUUGGUAGAGAGAAAGGGGAGUACUUCUCCUUGCCACCGGAAGUCAGGAAAGUUGUCGGUUUUUUCGGGACUAGUGGUGAUUUUCUUGAAUCUAUCGGAGCACAAGUCAAGCUUUACUCUAACAAGCUCUAUCCCUUUAAGUCUGUGGGGUUAUUUGGGAGUUCGAAUGCAUCAUUUUGGGAUGAUGGCAAUAAGCAUACCAAUGUAAGGAAAAUCAUUGUUGAAUUUGAACCAAGUAAAGGGCCAUUGAUCCAAUCAAUCGCAUUUCAGUCCCCAUACAUACAUCGAAUAGAUGAUCCGGAUGAGUAUCUAACUUCUAUAUCAGGUUACAUAAUGGGCGGCAUUACAUCUCUCACAUUUCAAACAAACAAAAAAACGAUCGGACCUAUUGGUGGUGAAUUGGGAAGGCACUUCUCAUGUCUUGCAACGGGUGGGCAAAUUGUUGGAUUUUACGGGUGGAGUGGUGAACAUCUUGAAGCAAUUGGAGCGCAUUUUGAACCGAUCUCGCAUCUCCACCCAAUCAAAUCAAUUGGGCCAUUUGGAGGCCUAGGUGGAUGUGCUUGGGACGACGGGAAAUUCAACGGAGUGAGGGAAAUUAAGGUAAUGCACGACAACAUUAUCCAUUACAUCAUGUUUGUAUACGACAAGAGUGGUGAACGAGUUUGCUCAGUUAUAAACGGUGGCCACUCAGGAGAAUACAUGGCCAACAUCACCAAGGUCAAAUUGGAUUAUCCACGAGAGUACUUGACAUCGAUCUCAGGUUACAAGCGUGCGAAUGGGGAUGACGACAUCAAUAAUGCUAUUGUUCAGUCGCUCACAUUUCACACUAAUAAAGGGAGACAUGGUCCAUUUGGUAAGGAGACGGGGAAGUACUUUUGGUAUCCAUCAACCGGAACCAGAAUCAUUGGCUUUUACGGAAGGUGCAGGGAGACUCUCAACUCCAUAGGCGUGUACGCGGAGCCCAUACCGCACCUGUAUCCUUUCCAAACCAUCGGACCCUUUGGAGGCUCCGGGGGAACCGAAUGGGAUGAUGGAGUGCAUACUGACGUGAGGACAUUUGAUAUAACCGUCGGCGAUGUAAUUCAAUCCGUCGGGAUUACGUACGAUAACAAUGGUUCCCCGGGCGUACGCCCUCCACAUGGCGGAACAAAAGAGCCUUCGUUCAUCCGGCUCUUGCUGGAUUAUCCCAAGGAGCGUCUAGUUUCGAUAUCAGGCUACACUAACGGAUAUGGAAACAAUCCCGACAACAUCAUCCACAGCCUGAAAAUACAUACGACAAAAACCACUUACGGGCCAUUCGGAUCAAAGGAUGCUCGUGGAAGGUUAACGGAAUUUCAUAUCCCGUCAGCAUCAGGUGGUGGUAGGAUUGUUGGCUUUUUUUGGAAGGGCGGGAUCGCGUCUUAA